UUGCCAAUCCCACAACAGCAUCUCUCUCUCUCCCUCUUCAAGUAGUCUUUUCUCAAAGCUCUUCUUUUUCCCCUUUUUGUUUUUCUGUUUCAUCUUUUAUGGUUGAUAUUAUGGAACUGUUCAACAGCUUCCCUUAUUUUAUCUGAUGAAGUUGAUCAGCUACUUUCUUGAUUGCUUUGAUUCAAAACACUCUAACUUUUAGUACAAGCUGGUUCUAAACUGUACCAUAAGUUUAGGUCUGCAGAAAGUACAACAGAAAAUCAAGAAAAUGUAUGCAGAAGAAAGUGCUUGUUUUGAUCCUUCCACUCAAGUGCAGCAUGAAGGACUAGCAGAAGAUGUUUUUGCCAUACAAGAACAAACAUAUCAUAAUAAUUCCUCGCAACAAGAUGCUACAGCAGCAGCCUUGGAAAUGGAAUUUCAGCAGCAACUGAAUCUUGAAAUGGAACAGUGUUACAAUAAUAAUCAUAACAACAACAUGCAAGAUCAAUUGGUACAUGAUCAGCCCAAUAAUAAUCAUCAAGGGUUAUCUUGUGAUCAAUCAAACUGGGGAGAAAUGAUGAAUUUCCCUCCUUACCAAAUUCAAGAAGAUAAUAAUAACACUAAUAACUUUCAGCAGCAAAAUUUCCCAACUCCAAUGCCUGAUCUUCUCAACAUGUUUCCUUUACCAAGAUGCACACAAUCUUCUUUGCUUCCUCAGAAAUCACCAAAUUUGUUAACUUCACUAGGCCUUAUAGGUGAUCACAUUGAUGGUGCAUCAACUUCAAGUGCUAUCUAUGACCCUUCUUUAGUUCUCCCAUUGAAUCUACCCCCACAACCCCCUUUAUUAAGAGAGCUAUUCCACUCUUUGCCACAUGGCUAUGACUUAAGAAACUUAAGAAGCAAUGAUAAUUCUUUCUUUAAUGGUAUGGAGGACAGAGAGGUGAGUGGUGCUUUGUAUCAAGAUGGAGAAAGAAGGCCUUUUGACAAUGGGAUCUUUGAGUUUUCUGCUGAUAUGAAUGGUAUUGCCAAAAAUAGGGAUGGUAAAGAAACAAAACAUUUUGCUACUGAGAGGCAGAGGAGAGUGCAUUUGAAUGACAAGUACAAAGCUUUGAGGAGUAUGGUUCCCAACCCUAGCAAGAAUGAUAGAGCAUCAAUAGUGAAGGAUGCAAUUGAUUACAUCAAUGAGCUGAUAAGGGGAGUGAAUGAGUUGAAACUUAUGGUGGAGAAGAAGAGAUGUAGCAGAGAUAGGAUGAAGAGGCAAAAGACAGAAGGUGGUGGUAAUUCCAUGGAUGGUACUGAUGCAAAGCAAAUAAUGGAUGAAGUGGACCAAUCUUACAAUGGAAAUUCAUUAAGGAGUUCAUGGCUUCAGAGGAGGUCUAAGAAUACUGAAGUUGAUGUCCGGAUCGUCGAUGAUGAAGUUACUGUCAAACUUGUUCAGCAGAAGAGAAUUAAUUGCCUUCUCUUUGCAUCUAAGGUUCUUGAUGAUCUUCAAUUGGAUCUUCACCAUGUUGCUGGUGGACUUAUUGGUGAUUACUACAGCUUCUUGUUUAACUCCAAGAUUUCUGAAGGAUCUACUGUGUAUGCAAGUGCAAUAGCCAAGAAUCUCAUUGAGGUUGUGGACAUACAGUAUGCGGCAAUUGCACCAACAAACAGCUAUUAAUAGUUCAGCUCUUUCAUUUAUGAUUUCUAGAGGGUCUAAGCAGAUUUCUGGGCCAGUGGAUGAUAGUGUUUAAUUUAGUGAUAGUGUUAUUUAGGAGUAAUAACUUUGUUGAAUCCAUGGGAAUGAACUGACUACUGUCUACUUUACUCAAGUUUGACACUUCUUUCUAAUAAUUAGGAAUAUAUGCUUCGGCAACAUAUUAAUUUGCUCGGUUUAUUAGGAGGAUUUCUAUAGUUAGUGUAAACUGUAACACAAAAUAUAAACUCCUAUACAUACAAUAUCAUAUCCGCCAAGAAAUUAUGAUA